GUUUAAGUAGUCGCUCACUUGCCACUCGACCGGUUAAUUGUAAACACCUAAGCUUGUAAAAUGCUCAGAGCGCAUUUAAUUGUAUUAUUUUUAGUCGGAAUCGCGCCAGUACGAGAAGUUCGUGCCGCUUUUUGUACAAAAUACGGACCAGAUGCCAAAGUUAUCAGAAUUUGUUGUCCCGGCUAUGAGGGAGACGGUGUGAAUUGUGUGCCAUACUGCAGGCGGGGUUGCAUAAAUGGUGUGUGUGUUAAACCAGACUUUUGUGAGUGCCAUGAAGGAUUUGCCAAACACAAUGGACCGCACUCGCCGUGCGAACCGAUCGCAACAGAACUUCGUGAACCGCAGGCACCCAGCUGCCACGAGCGCUGCAGCAAUGGCACCUGCGUGGACGACUCAUGCACCUGUGCGCAGGGCUGGCUGCUGCAACAGCACGAAGGACGCGAUAUUUGUGUGCCACAGUGUAACGGCGGUUGUGUUAACGGUUAUUGCAGUGCAGCGAAUAACUGCGUUUGCUAUGAAGGCUUCGAGGCGCAAGCCUCUAAUCAACGCGAGUGUGUUCGACGCUCAAGCAGUGGCGCACUGUGGACGCAAUUAGCGCAAAUGAAUAGGAUUCUAACCGCGCUGCUGCUGAUCAGCUGUUAUUACGCGUAUUGGAGCACUAUAAAUACGCACACAGCGCAUCACUCGAAGUGUGACCUGAAACGCAGAGUCAACGACAAACGAUAAGAAACAGCUCGAAAACACACACGCCUACUCAUUCCUCAAUAGUUGUAAACCACAAAUUAUACACGCAUUUCUUUCAAAACUGUACUGAAUUAAGUUAAGAUUUCUUUUUGCAAAUGAAAAAUAAAAAAGCCCUUGUGAUGUAAACAAACAUUUAAAAAUAAACAAGUAAAUAAUUAACACUUACAAUAUAAAAAUAACGGUUAGCUGCAUUUUAUGCCAAAGAAUUCAUGCGAAAAGUACUCACCAGCAUUACUAAGAAAUAUUCAAAACCAACUUUUAUUCAUUGCGUGCCCCAGCAACACACACACUCCACGCGCGCUCCACUAAUCAGCUUAGCGUAAUAAAUUUUUAACUCCUUAUGUUUCAUGUUGAAGCACCCUGCAUUCAUGCGUGGAACAAUGAACUUUUUAUGACACAAAUAAGCGCCGACAGCGCAAACCUGCUGCUGCUGCCGCUGCAAAACUGCGCGGCAUGCGAACAUAAGUACGCACAGAAUAAAUAAAAAUUUAGUAGCAAUAAAUUAGU